AUGUCGGACGUAUUUAGGCGCAUUGGGCGCGGCGGCGCUGGUAAUUUCAUCCCUGAGAAGGAAAUCCAGGAGGCAGCACGGGCCAAAGAAGCUCAAGACCCAGAGGCGCAGAAGGAUGAAGCUGCCACAACAGCAGCGCCACCGCCAGCCUCGGCACUGGCCUCCCACCCUCCGCAGUACGUGAGGGGCGGCAGGGGCGGCGCGGGCAACUUCACCGAGCCCCCUACCAUCGCCGAGGCCCAGGACAGGCAGGACGUCGUCGAGAGGACCAAGGCCGCUGUCAGCGCAUCCCAGGCUGGCAAGCCGAGGACGGGCUUCACCUCCAGGGGCGGCGCUGGGAACUGGACCGAGGAUGCUCCCGCUGAUGAUUCCGAGGAGAUCAGCAAGCGCCAGGAGAUCGCGGACAGGGUGAAGCAGGAUAUCAACUCCAGCUUGCCGCCGCCGCCAAAGACUUAUCACCAGCACGACAGAGACAUGGAGUAA